UAUAUAUUUACAUUUUCAGUGUGUUGUUUAAUGGUAAAUUGUAAACUUACAGAAUAAAAAUUGUAUUUAUUAAAAUUCUAUUGGUUAAAUUGUUUGAGAAAUAUUUAAUUACAAAACAUAUAUCUUCUUAAAUAGAGGUAGUAAAUUUUAAUAUGUUUAAUUGUUUGUAAACUACUCCUAUUUUAAUACGUUUUUAAUACAUGUGAAAGUUCUAAAACAUAACUCUUCUUAAAUAGAGAGGUAGUAAAUUUUUUAUUGUGACUAUAUUUUUUUUUGACGACAAACGGUUAUUCUAUUACUCAAACUUGAGGUGGUCUGGGUAAACAAACCGGAAUAGAACAACCAACAAAAUGUAACAUCCUAUGGAAGGAUGAAUGAUCUAGCUGUCUUAGCUAAAAAGUCUGAGAUCUGAUUACGCGCUCUUGGAAUAUAAGAAAUCUUGAAAUCCGGGAAGCACAUGAGCAAUGAAAACAAGGCCAAUGUUAACGUUCAUGCUCUUGUGCGAGCAUUUCAUCAGCGGAUUACUUGGGGCAAGCUUGAUGCAAUUUUUCUUUCUGCUUGGACUAUCGUACACGUCACCCACUGUUGCGAUGGCUCUAAAUAGCAUGUUACCCGCUAUUACCUUUGCCCUGGCUCUUAUUUUCAGAAUAGAGAAUGCACAGAAACUGAAGAGCAGAGCAGGCGUGCUCAAGUUAAUAGGAACCCUAAUUUGCAUACUUGGAGCAAUGUUCUUAACAUUCUAUAAAGGUCUUCAAGUAUCAAAUCCUCAUACUCAUCCAGAGGCUAUUGACAACAAUACAUUACAUAACAAUGGUCACGACCAAGCAAAGAAAUGGCUUCUAGGCUGUGUUUACUUGUUCACUGGGAUAGUGUUAUUGUCGCUAUGGAUGUUGUUUCAAGGGAAAUUAAGCAUUAAGUAUCCGUGUACUAAGUACUCAAGUACUUGCCUCAUGUCGGUCUUUGCAGCAUUUCAAUGUGCCAUUUUGAGUCUUUAUAAGAGUAGAGAAGUCGAAGAUUGGAUCAUCAAAGACAAACUCGUCAUGUUCGUUAUCCUUUACGCUGGAAUAGUGGGACAAGCGAUGUCGACAGUGGUAACGUCAUGGUCAAUAAAAAGGACGGGAGCAGUAUUCGUGUCAACAUUUAGUCCCGUUUGCCUUGUGUCUGCUACGUUAUGCGAUUUCCUCAUCUUGCGGUCUCCUUUAUACCUCGGCAGUAUAAUUGGAUCAGUAGUGACUAUAACGGGCCUCAACGUAUUUCUUUGGGGAAAGAGGAGUGAGACAGAUCAGACUGUUUCGAAGACUUUGACCGUUUCCAAGUCUUGUCAAAUGAUCGAAAACAAAGACAAUAUAACAGUAGAUGACAACAAUACUAAAUUGCCUGUUUGAUAUAUUAUAAUAAUCUAUACAAAUAAAAGUAGCAAUUUGAAAAGGUUC